GCCCAGCACGGGCCUGCUGGUGCCAGGGAGUGGAGGUUGGGACCUGGACACUGCCAGUGCUGGCAGCUGUGUCCCGAGCUGAGCUCCAAGCACGGCAGGAGGCUUCGCGGCCCUGGGAGCCGGGCUGAGGGAGGGUGCCCUGGGGAACCCCCGUCCAGGCGGCUUUGGUGCUGUUCAUGGUUUGUUAGGAGGGGUGGGGAGAAACGUGUGUGGGGCUUGUAUAGAUCCUGCAUGUGCCGUGUGUGAGGGAGCUGCUUGUAGGGCUCAGCGUGUGCAGUUGUGUACGAGGCCGUGUCUGUCUCUCUGGGUGUGUGCACGAGAAGCGGUAUCGUGUACGUAUGUACGUGAGGCUCUCUGGGUGUACACACGAGGUGUGUGUGAAUAUGUGUAUACAGGAGGCUGUGUGUGCUGUGUGUCCGCAUGAGGCUGUAUCUGGCCCUACGUUUGUACACAGGCUAUAUCGUGCGCGUGCGCGCGUGUGUGUGUGGACACGAGGCCAUGCCUGUGGCCGCAUGGCUCUGUGCCGGUACCCCAGUGAGGCGAGGAAUCCCUGCACCUGCCCCCAGGGCUGAGAAAGGAGCUGACACUCAGGAAGCCCCCAUCAAGAAGAAGCGCCCCCCUGUGAAGGAGGAGGACCUGAAGGGGGCUCGAGGGAGCCUGGCCAAGAACCAGGAGAUCAAGUCCAAGACCUACCAGGUCAUGCGGGAGUGCGAGCAAGCCGGCUCGGCCGCCCCAUCCGUGUUCAGCCGCACACGCACGGGCACAGAGACCGUCUUCGAGAAGCCCAAAGCGGGACCCGACAAGAGCAUCUUUGGCUGAGAAGUGCGUGCCGCGCCCCUCACCACCAAAGCACCUAGACACAGGAGCCUUUCCCAAGAACUCUCUUUUAUGCCAGAACACCCCUCUCCCCUCCAGCUCUGCUCCAGCACCAAUAAAGAGGAAGCCCGAGUGGCCCCAGCC